UCUGCGAAAAAAAGAUAUAAUAUCUAAAAAAAUCUAUCUUGACUCAUCAUUUUAAUACAAUCCCACAAUCUUUACAAAUACCAAGCCUCAAUCAUGUCAAAGGACGAUGCUUGUAAAGUGACGUCUGUCAGCAAACACAAGGAGCGCAAGCCGAAGAAGCCUCACUACAUUCCCCGGCCAUGGGGCAAACCCUACAACUACAAAUGCUUCCAGUGCCCCUUCACCUGCAUGGAGAAGUCCCACCUGUACAACCAUAUGAAGUACAGCCUGUGCAAGAACUCCCUUUCUCUGCUGAUAGAGUCAGACUGGCCGUAUAAGAAGGGCAACAUCCUGCACCCAGAACAGCUACGACCCUUUCAGCAGGCACAUGGACAUCACACUACCGGGAAAGAUGGGAUCGAACAGGUGACACGUACCGAGGAAGGUCAAAGGCAACGAAGGGCUGUGGAGGAGGAAGGUGAGGACAGGGAAAGCCAGGGACCUGAAGAUGAAGAAGAGGGAGGACGAGGAGAGGGAGUGGAGGUCACUGGGUUGACCAAAGAGAGCUCCACUGAUCGCAGCAGAGGAGAUGCUGCAGAGAGCACUACCAAGAAAAUUAAACAGCCGGAGUCCGAGCUUCUGAUGGCUGAUAUGCUCUCCCUGGAGGAUCAGCUUUUACGAGCACGCUCAGUGGAGGUAGAGGCCCAGCUGAAACACUACAAGCUAUCCAAGACGUAUCUAACAGCUCCUAGUCUGCUGUCGGAGCAGUGGCGGCUGUUAGCGUCCAGCCACACGAAGUCCAAAGCUGAAGGUGCUCAGCCCAGAGUGAGUAGUUCAAUCCCCUGUUACCCUCCGCCACCAAACCUGGUGGAUUACCAGGAUCCCACUGGACUCAACCUGUCAGUGCUCGGGGUGGGCUACCCCAUCAGCCCCAGCCUCUUCUCCUACAUGAACUCAGCUAUUCCCACUGCUGCCACGGGUGUCACAGCCCAGACCCAUGCGCAGCUCGCCCAGCUUCCCUUCCUGGCAUCAGCCGCUCAGCUGAUGCACCCAGCCUCCAGCACCCACGCAGACAGAGCUCUUAUCCCCCCUCGCCUUUAUUACCCCUUCCUGUGUGAGCACACGUUCGGACCGGCCUCCAGUCAGAGCGAUGCCAGCAAAGCACUCAAGACGUCCACAAACAGUCUAGAAGCAAAUCCCCUGUCUGGCUUCCAGCCGAAAGUUAAUCUGUGGAAAGUGCCUGCUUUGCGGCCGGGGACCGCCGCGGUCUCCCCUGCUGGGUGGGUGUCACCUCAGAGAGAGUCUCCCGAACAGGGCUACAGGUUGGGGGAUAAACUGCAGGCUCCAGCCAAGGAGGGCAAAGCAAGCUGGGGCCUCAAGAGGACAGGGGCCCCACUGGGGAGCCAUGAGUCACCCGUGGAAAAGAAGCCGGCCGUGGGUGGUUUCACUUUGGACCUCCUGAAGAAUAUCCAAACUGCAUCAACUCUUAAUAUGGCAGCGGACAAACUUCUCUUCCAUGGAAGUUUACAGGAUGCUCAGCUUCCGACCCGGCCCACUGAACUGUGGUACAACGAUCCUCUCACCAGCCCCAACAGUGAAACAUCCUCUCUUUCGACCUGUGGGGGACCCAACAGCCAGGACCCGACUGCUGCUCGGACAAUAGGGGAGGGAGCCUCAGAGUCGGUGGCUGCUCUCCUCAGCGACCUCUCCAAGGCAUUGCAGGAGUAUCAAGAGGCUGAACGCAAAAUCUCCCACCUGGAGAAGGAGGACCUUCCUGCUCAGCGCCACCUCUGGGAACACCUGGGCAAAAUCCGCAGUGAGCUCUCCCAUAUCCACCAGUCACUGGAGCGGACGGCUCGCCAGAGCGACGGUCCUCUGGACCUGUCGGUCAAGAGGGACUCCACGGACUCUGUUGGCGAGCACAGCAUGAGGGAGGAUGGCAGCCUUAAAGACAACAUGACAGAGACAGAGGAGGAGGACGAGGAGCUGGAGGAGAAAAAGGAAGAAGAAGAGAAUGAGAGUGAGAGGAAGGCGAUGAAGACGUCGUUGGAGAGUCGUAAACAGUCGUUGGACAUGCUGAUCAAGAUGAGCCAAGCAUCGGUGGUGAACACAGAGGUUCUCUCACCCAGUGGUCUCAGCAUGAGGCCCAGUUCUGCUGAGGCCUUGUGGCAGAGCAGAACCACCAAGUGUGAGGCAGACUCCAGCGUCCUGCUUUGCCCUGAUGGCCGAUCAGUGGUGUUCACCGACAUACCCUCCUCCGCCAAAACCCCAAAGAGGUCUCCUUCCAUCCAGCGACUAGAAGCCCAGUGUCCUCUGAGCCCUUUGACAGUUACUGAUAAUUAA